UGACAUUGUUACAGCGAGUGCAAGCGUCAGCUUCCACUGAAAAAUUAAUCACCUGAAACUCAGAAAAAUGCAAAUGAAACUACUCAUUUGAAGCUGGAGAAGGAGAGAUGAAUACGCAAAAGGAGUUCGUGGUCAACAUGGCGGCGAGGGAAGGAAGCGAAGAAGUAAGGAGACGAACGACAGAAACUCCUUCCUGGGCUCCUGGAGGAGCUGAUUACGAUCCAAGUCUACCAUAUGGACCUAAAGUUUAUCUUGCUCGGCGAAAAAAGCCAGAUCCUUGGUGGGUGACGUCGAUUGAGAUAGCAGUAGUAAUUGGAGUUCUUCUCUUCUUUGUAUACAUGUAUUACUAUAUGGACCAUCUCCAUUUCCAUGUCAUCCGUGCUUAUGCAUACGCCGGCAGCUCACAUGCUCAGCAUCACCUUGGGCAUAAAUAUCUGAGAGGUCGUGGGACAAACAAAGAUGAGAGCCAAGCAAUGUAUUGGUUUAGGAGUUUGUUGCUUUUCAGAGAAGCUGCCAAGAAUAAGCAUCCACAUGGUGCAUAUAAUCUUGUAGCUGGACAUAUCCAGGGAUACGACACCGAUGUACAAGAACAUGAAGUUGAACCUCUGUUACAAAUGGCAGCUGAAAAUGGAGUUGAAGAAGCCAAGAAAGCACUGAAAGAUCUGUACCCUCAUAAGUACUCCUGACGGCAAUCUAGUGCUGUAGUAGAAUGGUAGUUAUACAGCACAAAGAAUAAAUAGCACCCACUGACAACUUAUCCCCUUUCUACAUUCUAAUAAUUUAGAUAUAAUGCAUGCUUUAUUAUGAUGCUUUGGUUAAAGAGAUUUACAUCCAAUGUACAUUAUCCUGAGCACAUCACAAUAUGAUUGGUUACAUUAUAAUUUAAAAAUUACAAAAAAUUGGACUUGAAUAUUUCAGCCUUUAAGGAUAUAGAAAUCUAAAAUAGAGCAAGUCCCACUCUCAACUGACUAUGCAUACCUACAUUAUGCACCUCCUUCCUUCCAGCUUGGCUCCUCUCACUAGGGGAAAUCCUUGAUCCAGCUCUGCUGUAGUUGUAUCAUCUUAUUUAUUAUAAUAGCAAAGUAUUCAUUGUAAAUAUAGGAUGUUAAGUUAUGCAUUUUGCAUGCAAUUAUUUCUAAGUGACAUGAGGUUUCUUAGGCUGACAAAAGUGGCUCCAUCCCACUAGAUCAAUUUGCUAUCAAUUCUGGUAUUAAGGAAUUUAUAAUUAAAUAAAGAAAUGAAAUAACUGUCCUCUGGAGUGAAGAAUGUAAAAAUUAUAACUGGACAUCACAGUUGGUGUACAACUUGCCUGAGUGAUCAAAUCCAGGCCCAACUUUGAUGGGUAAAAUAUCAUUAUUUCAAAAAACAACACUCACACUAAUAAUUUUAUUCUUUUAUUGAUUUUAAACUAACUUGGAGUAGGGCCUGCAAAUUGUAAUAAAAACAGAAAUAUUUG